AUGAUUCUAAACGUCCAGCCUCUCGAGGACUCCCGCGGAGCAUACGAUACAACCGGCGUACCCAAGCCCCAACCGCCGCAAAGCGAUGAAGUGGCCACCAAAGCGCCGUAUUCAGCUACUAACGCGCCAUGUCCGGCAAAAGAUGCGCAGCUCUAUGCCUGCAAAAAUGAAAUCGAGCACCCUCCAGACAGCUCCGUGUUCCUGGCCCCAGACAACGCAGAAAACACGCGUGUUGGGCUUAGCCAAAGAUUCAACGGUGUAGCUGCGAAAAAGCCGUUGGCCCCAGAAGACGUGCGUAAAGCCUUCCUCGAAAACGAAACGGAUAGUGGAAUGCCUCAAGCUAUGUACGAUGAGCGGUGGGGCAACAACGCGUGUAUCUGUCGAACACGAAAGUGCACGGAAAGGAAAAAGUUGUACCCCAAGUGCCGAGGGAGCUCGAGCGACUGGGCCAAGGGCGAUAUCUGGAUUGACUCAGAGUUCUCGGCGUGGUAG